GCACUGAUGGCUUCUUGUGUAUGAAUUUGUGAUGGUGGAUGGAAGUAAAAGAAGCUGCUGUGUUAUAGACAACAGGUGAUUGGUGUGCUUGCCCCUGCAUCAUCUCAUGACAUAAUCUAGCCCCCCUUGACUAAAGAGGAGGGAGGGGGCUCCAAUGCCAUGGCCUCCGGUCACAGCUCCUCUGGGGCGCCUCACCACCCCAGCAACAGGGCCGGCGGCAGCAGCAGUAGUGACUAUGGACUCUACCGCAAGGCUGGCGAGCGGGACCCCCCCGCAUCUCGACACUACCGAGCCGCUCUGCCCGACGUCUGCCCCAAGGAGCCCACAGGGGAGGCGAGGGAGCUGUGCGACGGCCCGUCCGUGGUGGCCGACCAGCACCGCUGGACCAUCUACAGUUCAAAGGUCAACCUGCCGGCGGCGCUGAACGACCCGCGGCUGGCCAAGCGCGAGUCGGACUUCUUCACCAAGACCUGGGGGCUGGACUUUGUGGAGCAGGAGGUCAUGCCCUCCUUCUACCUGCCCAACAUCACCAAGGAGCACUUCGCCCCCUACCUGAGGGACACGGCUCAGAAAGAGAAAAUCCACGAACGGUGUAAAGCGAUUUGCCCCAACAAGGACGAUCCUGAUUCAGUGUCCAGCAUAUCACACAACCACGAAAAAGCAAGAGAAGAGUUGGAACAGGUUCCAAAGAUCUUCAUGAAGCCUGAUUUUGUGCUUAACGACCCGGUGACGUUCAACGCCGUGCUGCCCUGGUCCCACUUCAGCGUGGCCAGCGGGAAGAGCCAGCGGGACGGGGCGUCGUCACGGUUACUACAGGAAAAGCUGAGCCACUACCUGGACGUGGUGGAGGUGUGCAUCGCGCGGCAGAUCUCGCUGCGCUCGGAGGCCUUCUUCCACGCCAUGUCGUCGCAGCACGAGCUGCAGGACCGGCUGCAGGAGACGGCACGCGCGGUGCAGAUGCUGCGGGGCCGCAUGGCCGCCAUGGAGCGCGUGAUGUGCGAGGGCCCGCUGGCGGCGCUGCGCGGCACGCUCACGCGCACCAACUGCCUGCGGCUGCACGGCAAGCUCAAGCUGAUGGCCGCCGUGCACCAGGCCCAGCCCACCGUGCAGCUGCUGCUGUCGACGUCAGAGUUUGUGGGCGCGCUGGAGCUCAUCGCCACCACCAAGGAGGUGCUGCAGCAGGAGCUGCAGGGCAUACACAGCUUCAGGCACCUGGGCUCUCAGCUGUGUGAGAUGGAGCGUCUGAUCGACAAGAUGAUGGUGGCCGACUUCACCACCUACGCCAAGAGCGACCUGAACCGGCCCUUCGACGACGAGGGACAGAUACUGGAGAAGGACCGUCUGCAGUCGCUGGUGUUCGGGCUGCUGCGGCAGAGGAAGCUGGACUUCCUUGACAUCUAUAGUGAGGAGAUCAUCCAGGCGGCCAAGGGCAUCGUCAGACAGUGUGUCCUCCAAACGGUGUCUCAGAUUGAUGAGAUUGACCCGGACGUCGUCAUGAAGAUCCCUGAGCAGAUGCGUCUGAUGGCCUUCAGCCAGUGGAUGGAGCUGCUGAGGUGCAUCUUCGAGAGCUUCACCCUCUUCCUCAGGAGAAUCAAGGCCACCCUAAGCGUGAUCCGUGGAGUGGUGCUGGAGCUCCUGGAUAGCAGCCAGAGGAGCCGUGUGCUGCAGGAGCGUGAGCGGGAGAGGGGGCGAGGAGGAGGAGGAGGCGCCGGGGGAGCAGCCGGUGCUCAGCUGGAGGAGGGGGACGGGGAGGAGGAGGACGAGGAGGCCCUGGAGGGCCAGGCGGCCCGAGCGGGAGCGGAGCUGGCUUACCUCACCCACGAGGGGAUGUUCAUCAGCGACGCGCUCAAUGACGCCCAGGAACGCCAGCAGCAGCAGCAGCAGCAGCAGCAAGCUGAGAGGAGUACCACCACCACCGCCACCACCAGUACCAAGGCCUCCCAAGCGCAGGGGAAGAAGGAGGCGUGUGGGAGCGAUUCUGCCUCGGGCACCACCGAAUCCUCCUCCAGCGCUGCCUCGGCCCUGCCCCGAGGACUGGCCACAAGCCUUAACGAGGACACCAUGCCGUCGGAGCUGGAGCUGGGCCGCGUGGCCAACAGCCUGCAGGAGCUCCUCUACACCGCCUCCGACGUCAGCCACGACCGCUGUGUUAAAGUGCUCAUGGCCCGAGCCAAGGAUGCCUCUCUGGAGCGGCUGAGCUCGGCCGAGUUUGUGCAGCUGUCGCGGGAGGUGGAGGCCUUCGUGGAGGGCACGGAGAAGAUCUGCGGCAAGCGCAGCGUGUCCCUGCGGGGGGCGCUUCAGAGCCAGGCCAACCGCUUCGUCCACCGCUUCCACGAGGAGCGCAAGACCAAACUCAGUUUGCUGUUGGACAAUGAGCGAUGGAAGCAGGCCGAGGUACCCGCCGAGUUUCAGGACCUCGUCAACUCUAUUGCUGACGGCCGAAUCACACUACCCAAUCGCAAACCCUCAGGUUCAGAAGAUUGUAUACCAAGCGAUUAUUUAAUCGUCGAUGGACAAAAAUACGCUGUUGUGGGUACGGUCCUGCUGUUGAUCCGCAUGCUGCUGGAGUACUGCCAGUGUGUCAACGACAUCCCCUCCAUCGCCACCGACAUGCUCACGAGACUCUCAGACCUGUUCAAGCACUUCAACUCGCGGAGCUGUCAGCUGGUCUUGGGAGCUGGGGCACUACAGGUGGUCGGACUAAAGACAAUCACCACCAAGAACCUUGCUCUGGCGUCUCGUUGUCUGCAGCUGGUGGUGCACUACAUCCCCAUCAUUAGGGCUCACUUCGAGACCAAGCUGCAGCCCAAGCAGUACAGCGUGCUCAGGCACUUCGACCACAUCACUAAGGAUUACAAUGAUCACAUUGCUGAAAUUUCAGCCAAAUUGGUGGCAAUCAUGGAUAGUUUGUUUGAAAAAUUACUGUCGAGGUAUGAAGUAAAGGCGCCCAUGCCCUCUGCUUGUUUCCGCAACAUCUGCAAGCAGAUGGCCAAAAUGCACGAGGCCAUCUACGACCUACUGCCAGAGGAGCAGACACAGAUGCUGUUUUUGAGGAUCAAUGCCAGCUUCAAACUGCACCUGAAAAGGCAGCUGUCCAAACUGGGGGUGGUGAAUGAUGGAGGUCCUCAACAUGGCUUGGUAACGGUGGAUGUAGCAUUCUACACGGAGAACGUACAGGUUCUGAGAUCGCUGGAGCGACUAGACCUGAACAUGGCGGAGAUCUGGGAGCAGAAGAGGUGAUGUCCGAUGCGGGUGGCCGACUGAAGCAACACUAUUGCCACUACUAACGGGUACUACUAACCCCACCCACCCACGCUGCGGACACGUUAGUUUAAAGGUUGCCACGGGACGGGAAGUGUAACGGACUCUUAUCGUAUUGUAUCGGGACGGGUCAGGACUCCCGUGGAGUGGAGAAAGGGAGAAGGACGGCUGAACGCCUGAGCGCUUGUGUCUCUCGUUUCAACAUCUUCAGUGUGCGUCCAAAGGGAUGAUGGGUUCCUAAGUCCCUCGCCCUGUGCCUUCCUUUGCCUGACUGCCAGCCUGCCUGCCUGACUGGCUUGGGUGCUACCGUAUGCCUGACGGGUGCAUCAGUGGGUUGGGGGAGCUGCAAGGAGACAGGAAGGGGGGGUGGUGAGGUUGGUGGUGGACUCUACCGUUAAGAUAGGAAAGGAAGGCUAAAUUUAGGGGGAGAGAAAUGACUUGCAUUAAAAUAUGGGGACCAAACUCAAAAGUCGCUGAAAAUGGCAGCAUUUCUUUUUCAGCCUUUUUUGUUUUCUUUGAUGUUUUCUUUCCUUCGAUGUUUUCUUUCCUUCCUAUGUUGGACCGGGACAUUUAUUUUUUAUUUUUUCCUUCUUCUCGUUCAUGAGUGCAUAUUCUAGUGCCUCUCAAUGUCACUACAUGAGUCACACAAAACAACCCCCCAAAAUCACCUUGUUGAGUCGAGUGCAAUCGUGCAAAGACCUAGGACCAAGGCAGGAAAUCAAUAGGACAUGAAUAUGUCCCCAGUUCUUAGAGUGAGAUGAGGGAGUCAUCUCUAUGGGAGUCAGCUCAUUGGCUGUCGACCAUUUUUUCGAUCUCUUCGUCAGGUCGACAGCCAAUGAGCUGACUCCCAUAGAGAUAGCGAACGGAAUUCUUACGAAUAAGAACUAGAUGUUUGGGCCACAAACUGAAGAGUCAAAUAGGGAUAGCAAAAAAAGGUAUAAUUUUAUUUCCUAUAUAUUAUUCUGAGGUUUUUAACUGUGGUUGUUGGUUUUUUUAAGCAAGUUGGCUUUGAGGAGGAGGAUGAAAAUGGAGGCAAGUUCACCAAAUAUAUUUCAGUUUGAUCCAGAACCAUGUAGCCUAGAUCUUUAUGAAGAUCCAAUUCAGUCAGUGAAAUGCAGCAUUAUAUCUUGUGUGGGACAGGCUCAAUUCAUUAUUGCGAGUCUUCUGUAAACCUUAUGUCCAGAGACUUUAAAAACGAAGCCAUUCUUCAAAGUGGACGACUGACCUCUUUUGCUCUUAAUAUGCUUGAUUUUAAAUAAGCAACUCAGAAACGCGUCUCUAAUAUGAUCAGGCAAGUAAAUAACUCUAAAAGUAUAUCUUAAUAUUUAUAUUGAAAAAACAGCAAAACGUUUAGAGGACACUCUGUUUGUUUGAGUGCGUCUUCAUAUUAUGUGAUAUGCGGGACUAUGUGUAUAGCUUGGUUAUGAAGUGUUGUAUUUUUCCCCCUUGGUCUGUCUAUUAUCUAUUAUGCACACAGACUACUGAUGGCUAUGCAUGACGGCAAUGUGUACAACCAAGUGUUCUCUCAAACAAAAGCAAACAAAAGCUGUUCGCGAAGGAAACGCAGGAAUGCCAGAAGGAGAAUAUGGCAAAUGUUUUAAAUCCCUGCUUGAAUCAUCGUGGAUUCAACAGGGGAAAUUUCAUAAAUCACAAAGCUACACAUGGGAGUCAUUUUACAUUUAGAUCAUCCACACAUGGGAAGGACUUUUCUGCCUAAAUGUCCCUGUAAGCAGAGGCGCAUCUUGUCACCAGGCUAGGCAGGCAGCCGCUUGGGGCCCCUAGAUGGUGAAUAACAGCUCACACUUUGUUACAUUAGUGGCAAAUUUCUGUCAAAUUUCAGGACCCAGAGUCGCCUCUGCCUGUAAGAACAAUCCCUCCCUCCACAUCAUUUGCUCACAUGCUCCGACAUCAUUCAUGGCGCAGAAUUAAUGAUUUGCUUCGGUCCUGGACCUCGUUUCUCGAAAGCAUCAUUGCUAACCAGUUAGCAACUUGCUAGGUUUCCAAUGGCAAAUUGCAAUGCAACCAAGUGAGUUGCUAACUUCAUUAGCAACAAUGUUGUCGAGAACCCCUGGUCCAGCGCUGUAGUGUCCUCUCAGGGGCAUUCCGAAGAGCGGACUUGGCCACUUACCUUGCUGUGUUGAUCCGAUGAGCAGUAAAUCUUCAAAUAUAAGGGUUUGGUGGUUUGACCACCUGUAAUGAAACUGAAAAAAAGAGCUCUUCUAUUUGGAGUUUUACCGCUGACGUUGAGUUAACUUAUACAGGUCAGUCAAUAAACCACAUACUCAAAAUAAAUAUGCCCCUUUUAGAUGUAUUGGUGUCUUAAUCAAAUAUAUAUUAAUGGGGAAGGGAGAUGGGACAGAGGUUUAAAUUAAAAACGGUUAUUAAUAAUAAAAAAAAAUUCUAAGUAUGUCAGGAGAGCACCAUACCUGUCUGAAGCAGCAGUGCUGUUGAAUUCAAAAGUGCCUACUUUUGAUUUGUAUACUUUAUCAGACUCUAAAGAGUGCUUAUCUUUACCACUCUACUGUGUGUGUGUGUGUGUGUGUGUGUGUGUGUGUGUGUGUGUGUGUGUGUGUGUGUGUGUGUGUGUGUGUGUGUGUGUGUGUGUGUGUGUGUGUGUGUGUGUGUGUGAGAGAGACAGGAAUGAGAGAGAGUAAUGAGAGUGCUUGUGGACUUGCUGUAACUGUGUCUUGAAGUUGUCGUGGUACUCCGAGGAGAACUAUUGGGAAAUGCAAGACAAAUAAAAUCUUCGAGCAUGCUAGAGCAUUUUUAAAUGUGGUGAAUACAAAGAUUUUUUUUUUCAAUAAAGCCAUAUGGAACUCUA